AUGGCAGCAGAGAAGACACCCGACCCCGGGUCCGACCCGAAGGGUUUAGGCAAAGCUUUACCGAUGAAAAUGGACAUCGACGCCAUCAUGAAACUCUUACCCCACCGAUACCCGUUCUUAUUAGUCGACCGAAUCUUGGAAAUCGAGCAAGGCUCGUACGCCAUCGGCGUCAAGAACGUCACCAUCAACGACAACUUUUUCCCCGGGCAUUUCCCGCAAAGACCAAUCAUGCCUGGCGUGUUGAUGGUGGAAGCGAUGGCGCAAGUCGGGGGUUUGAUCAUGCUGGAAGGCGGAGGCGGUGAUGCUGGACUUUUUCUCACAUUAUUCUCAACAGGUGGCACGCAGCAAGAGUUCUUCUUCGCCGGCAUCGACGGCGUGAAAUUCCGCAGACCGGUAGUACCGGGCGACCAGUUGGUCAUGAAGGUGGUUUUGACAAAGCUGAACAAACGUUUUGGCAUCGCGAAAAUGAAAGGACAAGCGUUCGUGGGGGAGGAGUUGGCGUGCGAAGCCGAGUUGACGUUGGCGUUGGGGUCUUAA